UAGUAUCGAGUACAGUUCAUUGCUUUUGACGAGCAAACGAUACGGCGCUGCAUUUCCCGACAUUGUAGGGCGUGGGUGGAAAGUAUAAAGCACAUCUCUUACUAGAGAAAACAACCACAUAUUCUUGCAAGAGUACCAUAUUGAUGCACCGAAGUGACAUUCGCACGUGUCGAAUUUUUUCAUUACUUCAAAAAACCAAUACCGGCGGGAUUGUUGCAACCGAUUCGCUACAAUAUGUUUUCAUUUAUCAGUAAAGAUCGGCGACAGAGUCGAGUGUUCGUGGCUUUUAUCGUUUAUAUUUCCUUAUAUUUGGAUAAUAUGUUACUGACUGUCAUCGUUCCCAUUCUCCCCGACUACCUGGUGCACUUUUAUUCAAGUUCAAAUACUACAAUCAUGAUUCCGCAGAGUGUGAUGUACAAACAUUUUGAUCUCCAUUAUGUUCCGAAUUUAAUUGGUGCUACUACAGGACAGGUAUCAAUGAUGAACCUAACAGUGGCGGAUCAACCAAGAUCGUUAGAGUCUGAAAACGGUUCGAUUGGGAUUUUACUGGCCGUUAAGGCACUUAUCCAGUUGAUAUUCAACCCAAUUGUUGGAAAUGUCUCAACCAAACUUGGAUAUAGUAUACCGAUAGCUUUCGGAAUGUUCAGUUUGUUGAUAGCCUCCAUGAUCUUUGCAUUUGGACAGUCGUACGCAUCUUUGUUCAUUGCCCGAGCCAUUCAUGGAGUAGGCUCUGCAUGCAUCUGUGUCUGUGGUAUGAGUUUGGUAGCCCAACUGUACACUGAACCGGAUAAACGAUCAAAAGUAAUGGGUACGAUUCUCGGUAGUAUUGCCGUAGGCGUUCUGGUUGGUUAUCCUUUCGGUGGAAUUGCUUACGAUGUUGUUGGAAAAGCGGCCCCGUUUCAUAUUCUAUCUGCUCUUUGUUUGAUAGUAUUACUGGUUCAAUUUAUUACCUUAGACUUUUCAAUGCGACAUCAAUCAUCCUCUGCAAUAAUUGAACACGGAAAUUCUAAGUGGAUCCCUCUCCUAACCGAUAAACUUAUUCUUGUGAUAAUUGGUGCUAUUUGGAUUUCAACGUCGGCGAUGUCUAUUUUGGAACCAUGCUUACCGUUGUGGAUGAUGGAUGUGUUGCACCCAAAAAAGUGGCAGUUGGGCACAGUUUUUAUUCCAGACUCCAUAGGAUACUGGAUAGGGACUAAUUUUUUCGGGGGAAUCGCGUACAAGUGUGGACAAAUCAAAGUAGCUAUUUUGGCACUCCUUUUGGUAGGAAUUUCUUGCAUACUGAUUCCGUCAGCGGUUACAGUUCUUGGACUUUUGUUACCACAUUUCGGACUUGGAUUGGGAAUCGGUGUACUGGAUGCAGCUUUAAUUCCUCUACUAGCCACCAUAGUAGAAAGUCAAUGCUCAAGUGAUAAUGAAAGUGAUAUCUGUGAUUCGCCACCAAACUAUGGAGCCGUAUAUGCCAUUCAACAAAUUGCUGUAAGCCUUGCUUAUUCACUGGCACCGAUCGUGGGUGGUGAGCUAGUUCCAUUGAUCGGAUUUGCUUGGUUGAUGAGAUUCAUUGGAAUAUUGAACCUUUCGUACGGACCUUUAUUGAUUUAUUCUGGCAUUCGAGAGAAUCUGGCGAGAAUAAGUCAGAGACGAUGUGGAGCGCCACUUGAGCUUGCUGAUUCCGAUGGGAGCUACAACCGAUUUUACAAUGCGGUGGAAUAAAAUUUCCCCUUCCGGAGUUCCAUAGUAAUAUUUCAUCAUCAAUGGAGUGGGCACUAAAGAAGCGGAAACGAUUUAACUUCCUUAUCAACGCGGCACAAACGAGAGCAAGUAGUCUACCAUACUGUUUAGUUCAAGAUUGGAUGUUGCUGAAUGAUGUGUUGUUGCGGAUAGAUACGAUUUGAAAAGUAAUAAAGAAACGUGCACGUUCG